UAUUUCUGGGAUGUAACCUUUGUGCCCGUGUUUGGUUGUCUAUUUCUGUCUGCGCUUCUUUCCAUAUCUAAAUUUAUUUCUUUAGAUAAAUAGUUGUUGCAUACAAAUCUUUAUUGCAAAACCCAUUGUCAAAGAUCACCCAAGAAAAUCCCAAUUCAAUCUGGUAUGACAAUCUCUUUAAUUAAUUUGGUGCCAUUUGGUCAACAAACUUGGCUUUAGGAGGACUACGGAUAUCCUCUUUUCCUGAUAUUAUUAUUACCUCAGCAAUUGUUACUUUUCUGCCUGAUCCACUCACAGUACGAAGCUCUAAGCUACUAGUUAAAUGCUGAGAAAUGGAACAGAGAGUAUUGGCGAAUGUUCUACUUCAACUUCAGCAAGCAGUCAGCAAGAUAUUGAGGAUGACAGGAUGAUAGCUGUUCUAUUGACCGAAGAGUAUGCCAACUUAGAUAACGCAGUUGGUCGACGACUGUCCAAUUUGGCACCUAUUGCUCAUGUUCCGCGUAUAAAUACCUACAUUCCCAACAUAAGUGAUGCUAGUAUGGAUCACCAAAGGCUGCUAGAGAGGCUGAACGCCUAUAAUUUGUUUGAAGUAAAGGUCUCAGGGGAUGGAAAUUGCCAGUUUCGUGCAAUUUCGGAUCAGCUUUAUAGGUCCCCUGAGUAUCACAAGCAUGUUCGCAAGGAGGUAGUAAAACAGCUCAAAGAAAACCGUUCUUUGUACGAAGGCUAUGUCCCAAUGAAGUACAAAAAGUAUUACAAGAAAGUUGCCAAAUCGGGGGAAUGGGGGGACCAUGUUACUUUACAAGCAGCAGCUGAUAAGUUUGCAGCAAAGAUCUGUCUUUUGACUUCAUUCAGAGAUACUUGUUUUAUUGAAAUUGUUCCUCAGUAUCAGGAAGCUAAAAGAGGCCUGUGGCUGAGUUUUUGGUCUGAGGUGCAUUACAACUCACUGUAUGAAAUUCAAGCUGCUCCUGUGCAGCCAAAGCCAAAGAAGAAGCACUGGUUGUUCUAGACGGUUAUAUUCUGCGGAGUGUGUUUUACGAAAAGAUUACUUCAACAUUAAUAUAUGACUUUUACUAAGAUAUACAUGAACUAGAUGAUCGAAAUAUAGAAUGUACUGUACAGUUUUGUAUGAUAGUUUGAGUUCAGAUUGUUUUUGCA